UAUAGUUUUAUUAUCGUGUUUUUGUGUUCUUCACUUUUGCAAUCAUGAGUGAAUUGAGACACCGUCGUGAAGGCGACGGUAACGAGAAGGCAGAAACUGCUGGAGAAUCGGAUCAUGUGGAUUCAGAAGAAGAGAAAGUACUAGAAGAGAAAUAUGUGGACGAAAUGGCGAAAAAUUUGCCACAAGGCACGGAUAAAACACCUGAAAUUCUCGAUUCAGCGCUGUCCGGCUUAUCUACGAGAUGGAGGAACUGGGUGAUUCGAGGAAUCUUCACCUGGUUGAUGAUUGCUGCGUUUUGCCUGUUGAUCUAUGGAGGACCAUUGGCUUUGAUGAUCACUGUAUUAUGCGUUCAAGUGAAAUGUUUCGAGGAGAUCAUCAAUAUUGGAUACGCCGUCUACCGGAUCCAUGGUCUGCCGUGGUUCCGCUCGCUCUCCUGGUAUUUCCUGCUUACAUCCAACUACUUCUUCUACGGCGAGAACUUGAUUGACUACUUUGGUGUCGUUAUCAAUAGAACGGACUACCUCCGUUUUCUGGUGACAUACCAUCGCUUCAUAUCGUUCUGCCUGUACUGCGUCGGGUUCGUCUGGUUUGUCCUGUCCCUCGUGAAGAGAUACUACAUGCGACAGUUCAGUCUGUUCGCGUGGACUCACGUGGCUCUGUUGAUCGUCGUCACCCAGAGCUAUCUCAUCAUCCAGAACAUAUUCGAAGGUUUAAUUUGGUUCAUCGUGCCAGUCUCCAUGAUAAUUUGUAACGAUGUUAUGGCCUACGUGUUUGGUUUCUUCUUCGGAAAAACUCCACUGAUCAAGCUGAGCCCUAAGAAGACCUGGGAGGGUUUCAUUGGAGGCGGCUUCUCUACUGUUGUAUUUGGUCUUGUUUUGUCCUACCUGAUGUCACAAUAUCCGUACCUGGUGUGCCCUAUCGAGUAUUCGGAGUCCCUCGGCCGCAUGACCAUGGACUGCGAGCCCUCGCUGCUGUUCCGUCUCCAGGAGUACACGCCGCCGCAGUUCCUGCAGCCCGUGGUGAAAGUCUUCGGCUUGGAGAAACUGACCAUGUACCCGUUCAUGAUCCACUCGCUCGCCCUCAGCAUCUUCAGCUCUGUUAUUGGACCAUUUGGCGGCUUCUUUGCAUCUGGAUUCAAGCGGGCUUUUAAGAUCAAGGACUUUGGCGACGUGAUUCCUGGUCAUGGCGGUAUUAUGGAUCGUUUCGACUGUCAAUUCCUGAUGGCCACAUUCGUCAACGUGUACAUCACCAGUUUCAUAAGAACCGCCACGCCCCAAAAACUACUACAGCAGGUCUACAAUCUGAAACCAGAACAACAGUUGCAGCUAUUCUACGCCCUUAAGGAAUCUCUGGAGAACAGGAAUAUCCUCAACAUGGUACCUUAGACGCGACACCCGAACACAUAGUAAGUGAACUACUCGUAAACAAUCGACUACAUAAAUUGUGUGAGUUCACACUUGACUGAUAAACCGCAGCGACGAAUGAUUUCCUUAUGCGGUCAGUGCCAAGUAUAUAGAACCUCUCUUUUGUAAAUCCAGUUGUAUUUUUAGAUAGAUUUGACCAUUAGUGGACUAUUUAUGGGCGUUAUUACCUGAAUUAAGGACGAUAGAAGGGUAUUUAAUUAUGCACUUUAGUUAAUAUAUAUAAAUACAAAAUACAGGGUGUUUAUUGGAAUUGAGGAUUGGUGUACUUGCCAGUCAGAGUUUUUGGCCCGGCUUAGUUCGCUACUGGUGUUGCCAACGUCGUAUAAAAUUUACAAUAUUAUACAUGAUCUCUGAUUUUUUUAUGUUUUAUAUAAAUUGAUGUAACGCCGAGUGGGAAUGUGGUAUUGUGGAUAGCGUUUUGUCCGUCAAGUGUGGCGGUAUUCUAACGUAUUAUAUUUAUAACAUAUCUCUUGUGCAAUACUCGAGAAUAAAUGCACAUAUAUAUUUAACAUUUUAAACAUAGUUAUUUAUGUCACAUAAUAAAUUUAUAAUUCUAAAAACACAUUUUUAUUAGAAAUUACCGACUAUUCGUAUUAUUAUUUUGACAGUUAUCAACUUUGUAAUAAUUACUUUGAUUUAUUUGUAACUUAUAUGUAUUACGCUGGUCAUUUCUGUGUUGCCCUAGCUAAAAAUUAGUACUACAUAGUAUUAAAGUUGUUUAUGUUAAAUUGCCGUAGUUAUAUAAGAAAUUCCAUGUUAUUGUGCAAUGUUCUCGAGUAUUGCAUAUAAAAUCAAAUAAUAAGAUGUUCUAGUCUCAUUUAUGUAAAAUCAUUUGCCUUGAUAUAUUAUUAAUAUUGUGCAACGUCCCAUUAUGAAAUAUUUUACAUGUACCUCCUAGUUAUUGUUAUAAUAGAACAUAAAACUCAAGCCCACCAAAGAACUAAAUCAAGGCAAAUGAUAUGUACUGAUAUAGAUAAUAUGCUUUAUUAUCCCAUGAAACUAUCGAAAUAUGAAGUAAUUAGGAUUACAAUAUAGAUUAUAAACGUAUUAUAAUAGAAAAUUUACUAUUAAUAAGCUUAUUGCACGGAAAGUGGAGGCUGAAGAUGAACUGUCCGUGUGUAUGCUUUGAGGCGCCUAUUACACGAUGCAUUUUGCCAUGAGCGUUACUAAAGUUUGGAAAAUGGUUGGUAAUUGACAGAAAUUGUGCUGUAUUAUCAUACAUAACGAAAUUAAAGCUAAUAACAUUAAUAUCAGAGUUCAUUUUUAAGUAUCAACUAAAUAAAACAUACAUUCUGUUCUUGCCAAAGCAUGUAUUCUCGGCUAUAAAUCGUGUAUGUGGCGCCUUACAUUUAUGUUAUCUUAAAAAUAAUGUCCUAUUAAAAAUGUGUUAGAUGUAUAAUAAAACAAUUUAAAUGUAUAAAAAGUACAGCAUACAAUUAAAAUAUUUACGAACUUCUUGUCUCAUCCUUAGAAAAGUAAAGUUUUAAACUUAAGUUUUGCAAUUUUCUUUCAAAUUACGAAUAGCAACUCGGAAGAAAGAGACGAAGCAUUGCAAUAAAUA